CGCGUCGCCUGGCUAUAUGAUAAAAUCUGAUUGAAGCACAAGACUUAUUGAUAACCCUCCUAACAGUAGCAGCUGGCCGGAGGACUCACGUUAACGGACGGACAUGAACGACAAGGAAAGGGAACUGUGUGCUGCUGCGGAGCAUGGCUUCACAGAAAGAUUACAGCAACUAUUAGAUGAAGGAACUAACCCGGAUGUUUCAGGCAAAAACAAUGCCACUCCACUUCACUGGGUAGCAGGGAAUGGGAAUGCAGGAGCAGUGCAACUUCUACUCACAGCCGGUGCUGAUCCCAACAAAAGAGACUGGCAGGGUUUUACACCGCUUCACUACGCAGCUCACAAAGGUUACACAAAAAGUGUGCAAAUAUUGCUCAAAGCCGGAGCAGAUCCAAAUGCUAUAGAUAGCAGUGGAAACACCGCCCUACACAAUGCUGCUACAUAUGGUCAUCCCGAGUGUGUCAAAGAGCUUCUGACGGCCGGUGCCGACAGCACUAUUCAAAACAAAGACAGUAAAACAGCAGAAGAAUCAGUUGGACAGCAUUUAGGAUGUCGAGAGCCUGUUACACGUGAACAUAGAGAGGCCGUGCUGAAAGCUUUUCGAGAGUACCAAAUGCCAUUGAACAUCUAA